UUUGGCGUUUGCGUGUGGUUUUAUUGAUGAAAGUUGUUGCUGUUUAUAUUUUUGACUAUACUAAUCAAAUUGUGAAUUGUAUUGUGUAGAUAAAACAAUAACUGUGGUAUCAGUGAAAGUUUAGUAAUCAUAUUUAUUGUGAAGAGUAGCCACUUACUUCGUAUAUAAUGUCGUGAAUGUAAACGUAAAUUGAAUAGAGAACUUUCAUGUUCCUGGAUCUUUAACUAUACAUAAAAAUGGAUAUCCCAGUGCAAAUAGCCGUAAGGCUGAAGCCUCCGAGCCUUGAGGACUCAUCUCAGUGCAUAUUCAGCAAUCCUGUGACCCAAAUAGUGAUCACUGAAAGUGGGCAAACAUUUCACGUGAAUAGGGCUUUGCCUGUAGAUUGUACGCAGGCAAAUCUUUUCAACUCGUUCAUGAUACCGCAAAUCAACUGCUUCUUGGACGGGUGUGACACUUCAGUCGUCGUAUUCGGACAAGCCAAGACUGGCAAAACUUACACUUUAUUUGGACCAGGUUUUGAAUGCAUUCACAGUGAAUGUGAUCAAGGAAUUGUGCCCCGGUUUUUAUCUGAAAUAUUCCACAAACUGAACCAAAUGCCAGAGAGAGAAUUUAUAUUGCACAUAACAUGGAUGCAAGUUGUUAAUAACAACAUAUUUGAUGUGUUGGGAGCUGGGCUGGUUAGGUGCUGUAAUGUGGAGGAAGCCUUCCAGUACUUACAGCUGGGGUGGCGGCAGCGGUGCCAGGGAAACAACCACACUGUGUUCACUGUCAGUGUUGAACAAAAGUGGGUCAGCACCAAUGGAGUAUUAAAUCAUAGAAUGUCCACAGCAAGCUUCUGUGAUCUAGCUGCAUACCCAGAGCCAGGUCUAUUUGCUCUAGAGAACAUAAUAAAAGAGCUGCUAGCAGGCAACCCACCAAAGCAAAUAAACUAUGACCAGUGCAUACUCACUGCAAUGCUUAGAGACUCUUUUGGAGGCAGAGCUUUUACCUGGGUUAUUGGCUGCAUUAGUGCAGAACCUGAAGACUACCAGGAAACUUUAAAAACUCUAAACUUGUGUUUAUGCUGCAGGGGUAUCAAGAACUUUGUAACUGUAAACUUGUUUGCAGACAACAAUACUCCUGUUUACACUGAUAAAGCUGUAUUACCACACCCAGACAACAAUUUUAAUUUACAAUUUGCUACAACACAGUGGAUUAAAUUGGUGUCUAAUGCAGAGGGACUUUUCAACAAAAUCCUUCAGUCCAAAUCCUUGUCUGAUGCUGAUAUUAAUCAAGUCAGUGAAUGGUUGUUCCUAAAAGCUGAGUGUGAUGAAUGUUUAAAUGGUGAUGCCAGUGUUGAUAACAAAGAUGCUAAUAUCAAACAAGGAUUGCCAAGAAUAGCUGAAGACACAGAGCCAAGUGAGCCCAGUGAGUCUGACGUGGACUCAGACUCAGAGGAAGAUACUCAUUCAGACACAGUCUUCCAAGAUAAACUUGAAAAAUUCAUGGAAUAUUUCAGAGAAAAGAAUGAUCAAUUAUUUGCUGACAGGUGUGAAGAAUAUCUUAAUCACAUUGACUCUGAUGAUAUAACAAUAUCAGAAUUAAGUGGGUCACAGUCCUUACCUGUUAUGACAUCUCAGUCAAAUUCUGGUAGAAGAAGAACUAUACAACCUGGUGAAAGUUUGUCAGGAGCAGAGUUAGAGCUACUAAGGAAAGUAGCAGCUAAAGCUAUCUCACCUGAAUCUCAAAAGAUACUCAUAGAAUCUCACAAAAAGGAUGUUGAUCCAGAACCAAAGUUGAUUGAAAGGGAACUGCUCAAAAUGAUUGAUUCUCCAAAGACUGAAGAAAUAUGCAAGAAGUAUAAAAUGACAAAGGAAAAGUAUACUCAAAAGCAAAUAUUGGCCAGAAAACUGUCAAAAGAAAUAAAUGGAAGCCAAUCACAACUAAAAGAACUGAUAAAUCUUUGUAUAGCCAAAGAGAGACUUAUAAAUGACUUAUCGAAAUCUAUGUGCCAUACACAAAACAAACAUUAUUCAGAUAAGAUAGAGUCUAGUAUAAUAGACCAAGAUACAAUGAGGGAAAUAAAAAGACACGAGACAAAUCUCAAAACUUAUAAAAAACAAAUUGAACAAAUCAAAAGACAGAUCAAAAAAGACGAAAAACGCAAAAACACAUUAGAUGUAGAACUGGUUAAAGAUAAGUUAAAGCUUGACGAACUGUCUGAUACAUCAGUAGAUAUAAAAGACAGGAAAACAAACUCAUUGAAACACUUCACACACAGAAUCACACAAUUAGACAGUAUUUUGAAAGAAAAGACAAAUGAUUUGGAAACAUUAGAAAUGUCCAAAGAAAAGGAGUUAUUGUUGAGGAAGGAGAUCAAAAACUUAAGGAAGACUAGAGAAUGUUUGCAUGAACAGAGAUGUAGUUUAGGACAUAAGAGAAAAAUAUAUAAAUCACUUUCUGACUCUGAGGAGCGCAAGCUACUUGAAUGCGAGGAAGCUAUAGAAGCGAUAGACACGGCAAUUGAGUACAAAAAUAAUUUGAUCUGUGGCAAGUCCCCAUCUGCCUCACUGUCGGAUUCUCAAGACAACAAAGACUCAAGGAGCAGAGGAGAGCAAAUGUUGAUGGCGAGGCUAGACAAACUGUCGCAUGAUGAGAUGAAAACCUUGCUUUAUCGGUAUUUCCAAAAGGUAGUGGACCUCCGCGGUGCUUGCGCAGCUCUGGAGGCGGGCGUGGCGUCUGCCAGUGAGGAGGCGGCAGUGUGGCGAGCGCGGGCUGCAGCCGCCUGGAGACACGCGCAACGGCUCAGACCACACGCUCAUACCAGGCACUUCCAAUCAUUCCAUAGAUGUCUGGACGGCGGCAAUGCGGAGCGCGCGUUGUCUCUGGGCAUGACGACUGAUUCAGAGACUUCAGACGAUGCCAUGAGACUGGUGGACCGCAUGAAGAUGCUUGCUAGGUGUCCGCCGCCUCCUGUUAUACCUAGUCAAAACCUGAGACAGCUGAUGCCAGCUACCAAUCUUCCCGUGGCUAAAGUGACCAAGGAGAAGAACAAACUGAUCAUAGUACAACAAAAUAAAAAGCACUGAUACUUGUACAUCAUUUUAUUUGCUGUUUUCAAUUCUAUCUUCUUUAUGUGUUUUAUGAACUACCUACCUAAUAUUGUUGUUACAUGAAUAAUUAUUAGUGUAGUUAUGAAUUCUAUUGUGGUUCCACUAUACUACUUUCAUCACAUUUUUUAGAUCUUGCAAUGUGUAAAUAAUUUUAAUGUUAAUCUAUUUCUAAUCAUAAUUUUGUAUAUAUGUUUGCCAAUUGAUACUUACUAGCAUGUAUAAAAAUAUAUUUAUCAUCAACA